CCAUCACCCAUCCCAUCGUCGCGGCAAAGCUCCAUCACUCCCUUUUCCCAUUCUCCGAGCUCACCCCCUCCCCCGACGCUCAACUCCCGCCGCGUUUCCCACUUCUACGCUUCCCUACCCCUCAUCAUCAUGCCUGCCACCACCGCCGAGACCCUGUCCUUCGUCAAUAAGAAUGUCACCGUCGCCCCCCUCGUCCUGCUCUCCGUCGUCGACCACUUCAACCGUGUAGCUAAGGGCACACGGAAGCGGGUGGUUGGCGUCUUACUCGGCCAGAAUGACGGCAAGAAUGUCCGGGUGUCUAACAGUUUUGCGGUCCCGUUCGAGGAGGAUAACGAUGACCCCUCGGUCUGGUUCCUAGAUCACAACUACGUCGAGAACAUGAACGACAUGUUCAAGAAGGUCAACGCCCGGGAAAAGUUAAUAGGCUGGUACCACUCGGGCCCCAAGCUGCGCGCCUCCGACCUCGAGAUCAACGAACUAUUCAAGCGAUACACACCAAACCCCCUCCUGGUCAUUAUUGAUGUCCAGCCGAAGGAGUCUGGCGUGCCGACAGACGCUUACUUCGCCGUAGAGGAGAUCAAAGACGAUGGCACAACCACAUCUAAGACCUUCGUGCACACACCCUCAACCAUCGAGGCCGAGGAGGCGGAAGAGAUCGGCGUCGAACAUUUGCUCCGGGAUAUUCGCGACGUAGCCAUCGGCACGCUAUCGACGCGCAUCACAAAUCAACUGCAGUCGCUGCAAGGGCUGCACCUACGAUUACGCGAUAUCCAGACCUACCUCCAGAAGGUUCAAGAUGGCCAGCUGCCGGUGAACCACGGCGUGUUAGGCAACCUGCAGGAUAUUUUCAACUUGCUGCCCAAUUUGUCAACGCCCAAGCCCGGAGACGGCGACGGUAAGAACGGCGCCAGCAACAGCAGCAAUCUUGGUGAGCUGUCAUACGCGAUGAGCGUCAAGACCAACGACCAGCUCCUUGCCAUCUACCUCAGCAGCCUAAUUCGUGCCAUCACCGCCUUCCACGACCUCAUCGAGAACAAGAUCCAGAACCGACAGCAGCAGGAGGAGAAGGAGGCCAAGAAGGAGGAGGCCGCCGCCGAUAAAGAGGCGAACGCCGCCAAAGAUAAAGAUAAGGAUGGGAAGAAGGAGGGCGGUGCUAACGGCGUGUCCAGCAGCAGCAGCGGCAGCGAGUCGCCAGACAAGAGUAGCGAUAAGGAAAAGAAGAAAUAGCGAACGCACCGCUAACCAGCAAAUGGCCGUCGGGGAACGCAAAAAAAAAAAAGAAGGAGCAUACGGGAUCGUGAGGGGAAAAAAUGGUCCGAUAAAUAGCAGCAAUCGUGUUUGUACAUGAAUCACCCCUAUCUCGACCCCUGUGUCGACUUGCUAGCCGCCUAGCUUCCGACUCCCAAUCCACCUAACUCUAGGCCGGAGAGAGAGACGGAGCCAUUGGAGUCGGGCUGUUGUGGAUUUCCAGAUUAUGGAAUUGGCAGUCGGUAAACCCGGCUCGCCUUUCCCUGUU